AUGGCUGUCCCCCCAUCCUCCCAGGCCACACAAAGCAAAGUCCACCCAGCAGUAAUACUGCCCCAGCGGCUGGAGCCAGGCCUGGAGAAAAACCCCAAGUUUCAAGGAGAGGAACAGUCAUGCAUAAUGAGGGCCACAACUGCAGCUCAGACCCUAGCCAAUAUCAUCCGGCCUUGUUUUGGCCCCUAUGGCUUGCAGAAGUUCCUGGUGAGUGCCACGGGAGAAACAAUUUGUACAGGGCAUGCAGCUGCCAUCCUCAGGGCUCUGGAGCUGGAACAUCCAGCUGCCCAGUUUGUUCGAGAAAUGGUCCAAACACAGGCAGAGAACGCUGGGGAUGGCACAGCCUUUGUAAUUCUCCUGACAGAAGCCUUGCUGGAGCAGGCCCAGUACCUUCUCUGGGCUGGUCUAGCCCGAAUCCAGCUUCGAGAGGCCUUGGCCACGGCCACUGCAGAAGUCCUGACGGUUCUGCCUUCCCUGGCCAUCCGCUCUCUAGGGCCUUUGGAAGACCCUUCCUGGGCCCUCUAUUCUACCAUAAACACCCACACCCUGUCCAACAAACCGUUCUUAACCAGGCUUGUGUCUCAAGUCUGCUGGGCUAACAGAGAGCCAAAUGGCAGAUUCAAGCCUGAGCGAAUUGGCGUGUGCAUGCUACAGGGUGGAACUCUGCUUGACUCCCUAAUCCUCCCAGGGUUAGCAAUAUCUGGGAAGCCCUGUGGACAAAAGACAGAGGUGACAGGUGGUGCCAGGGUGGCCCUGUUCAUUUGUCCCUUUGGUCCUACAAAUCCACUUACACUGGCCACACCCAGUCUCUCUAACAUGGAAGAACUACUAAGAUUUCAGAAACAAACCGAACUUGUGGAAAAGGAAAUAGAACAACUGGCCGCUAUGAACAUUAAUGUGGCAGUGGUGUGGGGGCAAGUUAAUGAGAACACGGUGUUACGUGCUGACAUUUAUGGCAUCAUGGUGAUUCAAGCCCAGUCCCGGAAGGACAUGGUUUACCUGAGUGAGACGCUGGGUACCCCUCUGCUGACCCAUCUGCUCCCUCCCCUGGAGCCCGGGAAGUGCCAGAAGGUUUACAAGAAGGAGCUGGUAGACAAUGCGGCGGUAGUGUUUGAGUGGCAGCAUGAGAAUGCACCUUCUCUCACAGUGGUCCUCAGGGGGCCCACCAUGCAGGGACUUCGGGGUGCAGAGCAGGCUGUCUACUAUGGCAUUGAUGCAUUUUCCCAGUUGUGUCUAGAUCCCAGAAUGCUGCCGGGAGCUGGUGCCACAGAGGUGGCUCUGGCAAAAAUGCUGGCAGACAAAGGAAGCCGACUGGCAGGCCCCAAUGGUCUGGCCUUUCUAGCAUUUGCUCAGGCCCUGCGCACUCUCCCUAAAACCUUGGCAGAGAAUGCAGGCUUAGCUGCCCAACACGUGAUGGCAGAAAUAAGUGGAAUUCACGAAGCUGGGAACUUCCUCGUCGGAGUGGGAACAGACGGGAUAAUAAAUGUGGCUAAUGAAGGGGUAUGGGACAUAAUGAGGACCAAAGCCCAAGGACUACAAGCAGUCGCCGAGCUGGUGCAGCAGCUGGUGACUGUGGAGGAGAUCAUAGUAGCCAAGGAGACUCCUGUCUUCCAAAAGGUCAAAGAACCCACCUCUACCUCAAAGACAAAGGGAUCCUCAUCCCUGAAAGAAAAAUUCUUUGGAAAGUACGAAUAG